CAGAUCUGUGUAGCCGAGCAUAGCACAGAUGAAAUGAGGUUUAAAUACAGCAAUCGACGUGACACAGAAUUUGUUUGCCGCGUCGACCUCACAAACCCUCACAACGCAGCCAACCCGCUCGCGAUCUAGCCCACCGAUGGCCCAUAUUCGGCACAUUUUCCUCACUGGAGUGCCAGGAUGUGGCAAGAGCACCCUGUGCCGCAAGGUCGUGGAGAGCGGGCUCGAGGCCCAGUGGCAGGGGUUCUUUACCGGAGAAGUAAGGGAGCACGGCGAGCGCAUUGGCUUCGACGUUAUCACUAUUGGCGAAGGAGCAGCUUUGAAGGGCCCGCUUGCGCGUGUGCCGCGAGAGCAGGUCCCUCGCAGCGGCCCGUCGGUGGGCAAGUACUCUGUGGAUGUGUCUUCGUUUGAGCGGCUGGCCCUGCCCGCUCUGCAGCUUUCCAGCGGCAGCCUGACAACGACACGACUUGUCCUCGUUGAUGAAGUCGGAAAAAUGGAGCUUUGCUCGCGGGCGUUCUUCCCUGCCGUGCGGGCGGUGCUGGAUGCGCCCAAUGUGGUGGUGCUGGGGACAAUACCCACGCCGCGCGACGGGCGGGUCAUCGCGCAGGUCGCGGAAAUCUGCGCCCGCCCAGACGUGGAGGUGAUCACUGUGACCAGGGACAACCGGGACGCGCUGGCGGGGCAGCUGGCGGCGAGGCUGCGGGGCCUGCUCCAAGCUUUGCCGCCGCUGCCGCCACUGAAGCUGCAGCCGCCGCCGCCAGCGGCUGCUGCUUCUGGAGCCCCUGCAUGUGGGCCUUCCGCAAUAGACGGUUUAGAAGCAGGGAGCGGCGCGGACAGCACCAGCACGGCAGGGGUUGGCAGCCACUACAGCAGCAGCGGCAGGAGCAGCUUUGCUGGCAGCCAUGCCGCACACGGGGCUGCGCAGCCGCGGGCCGGCGGCGCACGCGUGUGGUCUGCUCGCCUAGGCGCCGCUGGCAGUGGCAGCGCAUCAGCAGCAGUUGUUGGCGCGCAGGCUCAGGGGCGGGCUUCUGGGUAUGCUGGCGGCUGGGGGCAGCGGCCGGGGGCGGGUUCCGGCAGCGGAGUGAAGUUUGUCAGCGGGAGCGGCAGUGCUUCGCUCGCAACAACGGGCGUCAGUGGCAGGCCCUUCCAGUAACUGGAGGCUCUGACUUCCAGUUUUCGACAAUGGCCGACCCCGCCAAACUGGCACCAGGAACUGUUGAUGACAUCCCUGCCGCUUCGCUGCACUAUGUUGCCGGACGAGCACGUCGCGGUGUGGCCUGCUCAGCGUGGCCGCUGCAGCGGAGGCGCAGCCCGUUUCUGUGCCGCGCCGGCGCAUCCGGUGCCUCGGCUGCUGUGCCGGGUGUUGGGCGCAGCAUCCAGCAGGGCCGGCCUCCAGCAGCAACGUGCAGCUCGUUGUCCAGCGUACUACGAGCAAGGUGUCAGCAGAAUGGGGCAUGGGCACUGGUCGGAGGGGGUACCGCACAGGGAGCUAGCGCAACUUCCUGCAGCAGUGCAGCUUGUGUCAUGCGGGCAGACGCAGUGCUCCAGUUCACAGUCCCACACGGUGGAGCCAGUCCCUGCGGCUGACUUCUUCUCACGGGGAAACCCCUUUCCUCCCACGACACGUGCGACUUUAACUGGAUGAGGCGCGCCUUCGCGGUUUUUGGGCUGCGUCGUGAGCCCUUUGCAACCAGCGCUCCCUACACCUCACCCAGAUUUCUAUGCAAUAUAAAUCCUGAUUUUCUACUGGCUGCAAGAGUCAGCGCUGGGUUUCAGGGGCGAUGAGACAGGGGCCCAUCGCAGGUCC